UUUUCUCAAAUCUUCCACCAGGGAAUAGAGUAUCUGAUAGAUCACAAUCAACUCGAAAACACCUCCCAGGAUGUAGCACAGUUUCUAUACAAAGAAGAGGGUUUGAAUAAAACUGCCAUAGGGGAUUAUUUAGGAGAAAGGAAUGACUUCAACAUGGAAGUACUCGACUCCUUCGUGUCACUUCAUGACUUCACAGAUUUAAUCCUGGUGCAGGCACUCAGGCAGUUCUUGUGGAGCUUUCGUCUGCCAGGAGAAGCUCAGAAAAUUGAUAGAAUGAUGGAAAAAUUUGCUCAGCGUUAUUGUCAGUUGAAUCCUGAAGUUUUUAGUAACACUGAUACUUGUUAUGUGCUGUCGUUUGCUGUUAUCAUGUUAAAUACUUCGCUGCACAAUCCUAGUGUCAAGGAUAAGCCAUCUGUUGAACAGUUUAUCAACAUGAACCGAGGAAUCAACAAUGGCGGUGACUUACCGAGGGAGUUAUUGGUGAGUCUGUAUGAUAGCAUCAAACAAGAGCCCUUUAAGAUUCCAGAAGAUGACGGGAAUGAUUUAAUGCACACAUUCUUUAAUCCUGACAGAGAAGGUUGGCUUUGGAAGCAAGGUGGAAGAUACAAAAGCUGGAAAAGAAGGUGGUUUAUAUUGAAUGACAAUUGUCUGUACUACUUUGAAUAUACCACUGUAAGUCUUUUUGAUUGAAAUAUUAUGUGCACUGUAAAGUGUAUUUCAUAUGAAUUCACAUGCUCUGGGGGGUAGGUUGGGAUUUUAAAAAAAAGCCUAGUGUUGUCAAACUAAAAGUAGAAAAACGGUGCUUGGCUCCAGUCUAGCUAUAGCUUGUUGUGUGAUUU